AUGCAAAUCAGCAUCCGAUGUCUACUCAUCGUUGCAACGGUCAACCUACUCAUACAAGUAUGCUGGUCGAUAACUUCUAGCGACGUCUACAAAAGACUACUAGAAAGGGAGAGGAAUAUCGACGAUACAUUCGCCUACCACCUUAUUCGACCUAUUGGAUCAGUCGCUGGUGAACUGAUAUGGCCACGAAGCUAUGAUGCAUCAGCUGAGCUAACAUUUGACGAGAACGGAGUCGCUUUCCCACUACAUGAGCGUCCAUCGCUCUCCAGAAUCCUUCGACGUUCGCGAAUCUCGUCAUUGAACGCUAAUGGUGCUUACAAGGAUAGCUACAAUUACUAUAAUAACUACAGCUAA